AUGCCUGAUGCCACAGUUUGGAAGCCCGAUUCAUGCCAGUACUGCCGUUGCCAUGGUGAUAUCGUUAUCUGCAAACCUGCUGUUUGCAGAAACCCUCAGUGUGCCUUUGAGAAGGGAGAAGUACUCCAAAUAGCUGCCAACCAGUGCUGCCCUGAGUGCGUGUCGAGGACUCCUGGAUCUUGCCAUCAUGAAAACAAAAUCCACGAGCAUGGGACAGAGUGGGCCUCUUCCCCCUGUAGCGUGUGCUCUUGCAGUCACGGGGAAGUCCGAUGCACCCCCCAGCCAUGCCCACCACUGUCGUGUGGACACCAGGAGCUGGAAUUCAUCCCUGAAGGAAGCUGCUGCCCAAUCUGUGUGGGCCCUGGGAAACCCUGUUCCUAUGAAGGCCGUGUGUUUCAGGAUGGAGAGGACUGGCAGUUGAGCCGGUGUGCCAAAUGUGUGUGUAGAAAUGGGGCCGUCCAGUGCUUCACAGCUCAGUGUCAGCCUCUGUUUUGUAACCAGGAUGAAACUGUAGUGCGAGUCUCUGGAAAAUGUUGCCCACAGUGCUCCUCACAGUCCUGCUCUGCAGCUGGCCAGGUGUACGAGCAUGGUGAACAGUGGAGUGAAAAUGUUUGUACCACAUGUGCAUGUGACCGGGGCGAAGUCCGGUGUCACAAACAGGCCUGCCCACCACUGAGAUGCGAGAAGGGUCAGAACAGGGCUCGACUCCAUGGGCAAUGCUGUGAGGAAUGUGUGUCUCCUACUGGAAGUUGCUUAUAUGAUGGGAUUAUGAGGUACCAGGAUGAAAUGUGGAAGGCCUCAGCCUGUGAAUUCUGUACGUGUGACCGGGGCCAAGUGACCUGCCAGACUGCAGGGUGUGCCAAAGUGGAGUGUGCUCGGGGUGAAGAAUUAAUUCACUUAGAUGGAAAAUGCUGUCCUGAAUGCAUGUCUAGAAAUGGUCAUUGUGUUUAUGAAGAACGUGCAGAAUUUAUAUCCUCAAAUACGAGUGAAAUUAAACAUAUUCCAGAGGGAGAGAAGUGGGAAGGCGGUCCUUGCAAGGUGUGCGAGUGCCAGGGGGCUCAGGUGACUUGCUAUGAGCCCUCUUGUGCUCCGUGUCCAGUGGCCACACUAGCCCUGGUGGUGAAGGGGCAGUGCUGUCCAGAUUGCACGUCAGUUCAUUGUCACCCGGACUGCUUGACCUGUUCUCACUCUCCGGACCACUGUGACCUCUGCCAAGAUCCCACAAAACUGCUACAGCAUGGACAGUGUGUGCACAGCUGUGGUCUGGGAUUUUACCAAGCUGGCAGCCUUUGUUUAGCCUGCCAGCCUUGGUGCUCCACAUGUGCCAGCGGGCUGGAGUGCUCCUCCUGCCAGCCUCCCCUGCUGAUGCAGCUUGGGCAUUGCGUGUCCACCUGUGGGGACGGAUUCUACCGAGAUCGCCACACCUGUGCAGUCUGUCAUGAGUCCUGUGUGAGCUGCUGGGGUCCCACGGAGAAGCACUGCUUGGCCUGCAGAGAGCCCCUCCAGGUGCUGCGAGAAGGCAGCUGUGUGACCAGCUGUGGUGAAGGCUUUUACAACAGACAGGGCACCUGCAGCGCUUGUGACCAAUCCUGUAAGAGCUGUGGUCCUAAUAGUCCCCGAUGUCUUACUUGUACUGAGAAGACAGUGCUGCAUGAUGGGAAAUGCAUUUCCGAAUGCCCUGGUGGGUACUACGCUGAUGCCAAUGGCAGGUGCAAAGUUUGUCAUAACUCCUGUGCCAGUUGCUCUGGACCCACCUCCUCUCGCUGCACGGCCUGUGUGCCACCUCAAGCUCUGCGCCAAGGCCACUGUCUGCCCAGCUGUGGAGAAGGCUUCUACCCUGACCACGGGGUCUGCAAAGCCUGUCAUUCCUCCUGCCUGACUUGUGUGGGUCCUGAGCCCGCACACUGUACUGGAUGUAAGAAGCCAGAGGAGGCCCUGCAGGCUGUGCAGCUUCCUGGAGCAGGUGUUCCCUGGGGCACAUGUCUCUCCCAAUGUGAAGCCCAGUUUUACUUGGAGAGCACUGGGCUUUGUGAAGCUUGUCACCAAUCCUGCCUACAGUGUGCCGGGAAGAGCCCACAGAACUGCACAGUCUGCAGGCCUUCCCACGUGCUGCUGGAUGGGCAGUGCUUCUCCCAGUGCCCAGAUGGCUACUUUACCCAGGAGGGUGGUUGUGCAGAAUGCCACCCAACCUGCAGGCAGUGCCAUGGGCCAUUGGAAUCUGAUUGUAUCUCCUGUCACCCUCAUGUCACUCUUACCAGUGGGAGCUGCAAGACCAGCUGCAAGGAAGAGCAGUUCCUCAACCUCGUGGGAUAUUGUGCUGACUGCCAUCCUCUGUGCCAGCACUGUGCAGCUCAUCUCCACAGCACCGGGAGCAUCUGCCUGAGGUGCCAGAGUGUCCGCCACCUGCUGCUCGGGGACCACUGUGUUUCUGACUGUCCUUCUGGAUACUAUGCAGAGAUGGGAGCUUGUAAAAAAUGCCAUUCCUCCUGCAAAACCUGCCAGGGCAGAGGACCUUUCUCCUGCUCCUCGUGUGACACCAACCUCGUUCUGUCACACCUUGGCACCUGCAGCACCACCUGCUUCCCUGGGCACUAUCUUGAUGACAACCGUGCUUGCCAGCCAUGCGACACACAUUGCCGAAGCUGUGAUUCACAGGCCAGCUGUACCUCCUGUCGAGAUCCAAACAAGGUUCUGCUCUUUGGGGAAUGUCAAUAUGAGAGCUGUGCACCCCAGUACUACCUUGACUUCUCUACCAACACCUGCAAAGAGUGUGACUGGAGUUGCAAUGCAUGCAGUGGGCCCCUGAGGACGGACUGCCUGCAGUGCAUGGACGGCUACUUUCUCCAGGACGGUGCCUGCGUCGAGCAGUGCGCACCAGCAUUUUACCGGGACGUGGGCCUCUGCAAGAGCUGUGACAACCACUGUGUCCAAUGCCAAGGUCCCCAGGAGUGUACCCGCUGUGAAGAGCCAUUUCUUCUCUUGGAAGCCCAGUGUGUCCAGGAAUGUGGAAAGGGGUACUUUGCAGAUCAUGCAAAACACAAAUGCACAGCCUGCCCUCGAGGGUGCUUGCAGUGCAGCUCCAGGGACCGGUGUCACCUCUGUGACCAUGGCUUCUUUCUAAAGAGUGGCCUUUGUGUUUCUACCUGUGUUCCUGGCUUCUCUGCCCACUCCUCUAAUGAAACAUGUAUUGGAAAAAUACACACCCCUAGUCUUCAUGUGAAUGGUUCCUUGACCCUUGCAAUUGGUUCAAUGAAGCCACUGGACUUUUCCCUCCUGAACAUCCAAGACCAGGAUGGCAGGGUCGAAGAUCUCCUGUUCCAUGUUGUAAGCACUCCCACCAAUGGUCAACUAGUGCUCUCCAGAAAUGGAAAAGAGAUUCAGCUGGACAAAGCUGGCCAUUUUAGCUGGAAAGAUGUGAACAAGAAGAAAGUGCGUUUUGUGCACAGUAAAGAAAAACUCAGGAAAGGUUACUUCUCCCUGAAAAUUAGUGAUCAACAAUUCUUCUCUGAGCCACAGCUGAUCAACAUACAAGCAUUUUCAACACAGGCUCCCUAUGUGCUGAGAAAUGAGGCUCUCCACAUAAGCAGAGGAGAGAGGGGAACCAUCACCACUCAUCUACUUGACAUCCGAGAUGAUGACAACCCACAGGAUGUGGUCGUUGAGGUGCUUGAUCCUCCACUUCAUGGCCAAUUGCUCCAAACACUUCAGUCCCCUGCAACCCCUGUCUAUCAAUUCCGGCUAGAUGAGCUCUCCAGGGGCCUUCUCCUCUAUGCUCACGAUGGCUCCAGUAGCACAUCCGAUGUUGCAGUCUUGCAGGCCAACGAUGGACUUUUUAAUAUACUGUUCCAUGUGAAGACUGUGCCCAAGAAUGAUGGAGGUCUUCGACUUGUGGCUAAUUCAAUGGUGUGGGUUCCAGAAGGUGGGAUGCUGCAGAUUACCAACAGAAUCUUACAAGCCGAAGCUCCAGGGACCAGUGCCGAAGAAAUCAUCUACAAGAUCACACAAGACCACCCCAAAUUUGGGGAGGUGGUCCUCCUGGUGAAUAUGCCUGCCGACAGUCCCACGGACCAAGGGCAGCACCUGCCCGAUGGGAGGACAGCAACGCCCACCAGCACCUUCACCCAGCAGGACAUCGACGAAGGCAUCGUGUGGUACAGGCACUCGGGGGCCCCAGCCCAGAGUGACGCCUUCCGCUUCCAGGUGUCCAGAGCCACAGAUGCCCACACUCACCUGGAGAGCCGCAUGUUCAACAUCGCAAUCCUACCACAGACGCCCAAAGCACCUAAACUUUCCCUGGGAACAUCUCUUCAUAUGACUGCUCGGGAAGACGGCUUGACUGUCAUUCAACCUCAUUCACUCUCAUUUGUAUCUGAGAGGCCAAGUGGGAAGAUUCUGUACAAUAUCACUGUACCUCUGCAUCCAAAUCAAGGUAUCAUCGAGCACAGAGACCAGCCUCUGUCUCCUAUCCGGUACUUCACACAGGACGACAUUAACCAAGGCAAAAUCAUGUACCGGCCUCCCACUGCAGCCCCUCACCUCCAGGAGCUCAUGGCCUUCUCCUUUGCUGGUCUCCCAGAAUCAGUGAAAUUCCACUUCACAGUUUCAGAUGGAGAGCACACAAGUCCGGAGAUGGUCCUCACCAUUCACUUACUUCCCAUUGAUCAGCAGCUGCCGGUUUUCCAGGUCACUGCUCCUCUGCUUGAGGUCAGCCCAGGAGGCAGGACUUCAGUAGUACUUCGGUUGGUAAUAAGAGAUACCAAGACAGCAUCUGAAGAACUCGUCUUUGAGCUUCGUAAACCUCCACUGCAUGGUGUGCUCCUUAAGUACACAGCUGAGUUCCAAGGGCCCAUGGCCACAGGUGAUACUUUCACUUAUAAGGAUAUUGAAGAAAAUGCUCUGCAUUACAUACACGACGGCUCCCCUGCCCAGGAAGACAGCAUGGAGAUCUCGGUCACAGACGGCAUCACCACGACGACAUCAGAAGUGAGAGUAGAAGUGUCACUAUCAGAGGACCAGAGGCCUCGAUUGGCUGCUGGCUCCUCUUUGAGCAUCACAGUUGCUAGUAAAAGUUCAGCUGUGAUCACUCGGUCACAUCUUGCUUACAUCGAUGAUUCUUCCCCCGACCCAGAGAUCUGGAUUCGGUUAAGUUCUCUGCCCACGUAUGGUGUUUUGUUAAGAACCAUAGGACCUGAGGUGGAAGAACUCUCAGAGGUUUCCAACUUCACAAUGGAAGACAUCAACAACAAGAACAUUAGGUACUCAGCUGUGUUUGACACCAAUGGUCAUCCAGUUACUGAUCGCUUCCAUUUCUCUGUCUCUGAUAUGGACCACAACCAGCUGGAAAAUCAGAUCUUCACCAUCAUGAUCACUCCUGCUGAGAAUCCACCUCCACUCAUUGCUUUUGCUGACCUUAUCACGGUUGACGAGGGAGGGAGAGCCCCACUCUCAUUUCACCAUUUCUUUGCUACUGAUGAUCACGACAACCUCCAGGGAGAUGCCGUCAUUAAACUAAGCGCUCUGCCCAAAUACGGCUGCAUCGAGAAUACAGGAACAGGUGAUCGCUUUGGCCCUGGAGCUACCAGUGACCUAGAGGCGUCAUUCCCUAUUCAAGACGUCCUGGAAAACUACAUUUAUUACUUUCAGAGUGUUCAUGAAAGUGUUGAGCCGACCCAUGACAUUUUUAGUUUCUAUGUGAGUGAUGGCACCAGCCGUUCAGAAAUUCACAGCAUAAACAUCACCAUCGAGAGGAAGAAUGAUGAGCCCCCCAGGAUGACCUUGAGACCCCUCAGAGUGCAGCUGAGCUCAGGAGUGGUGAUAAGCAAUUCUUCUGUGAGCCUACAAGACUUGGACACCCCAGAGAAUGAGCUGAUUUUCGUAUUGACAAAAGUGCCUGACCACGGUCAUCUGCUCCGGAGGCUUACUGCCUUUGAGCCUCUGAAGAAUGGGACAGCUUUGGUUCAUGGCUCCUCCUUCAGCUACCAGGAUAUACUUGCCGGGCUGGUCGGGUAUGUGCCUGGUGACUCUAGUAUGGCAGUGGAUGAGUUCCGGUUUUCCCUCACUGAUGGCCUCCAUGUGGAUUCAGGGAGGAUGGAGAUCUACAUGGAACUACUGACCAGCGGCAGCCCCCAUUUGGCUGUAAGCCGAGGCCUACAGCUGUCAGCAGGAUCAAUAGCACGCAUCACAGAACAGCACUUGAAAGUGACAGAUACGGACUCAGCUGAGCAUCAGGUCGUGUACAUCAUGAAGGAAGAUCCUGGAGCAGGGCGUCUGCAGAUGGCCAAGCAUGACGACCUGGAGCAAAUCUCCAUUAAAGGCCCCCUUCGAAGUUUCACGCAGGCGGACAUUAACCAAGGGCAUGUUGAAUAUAGACAUGCAACAGGAGAACCUAGCGGGAGCUUUGCAUUUAAGUUUGAUGUGGUGGAUGGAGAAGGCAACAAAUUGAGUGACCAGUCAUUUUCUAUCCAUGUUUUAGAAGACAAAGCCCCACCAGUCAUCAUUACCAAUAAAGGGCUGGUCUUGGAUGAAAACUCAGUGAGGAAGAUCACCACUCAGCAGCUCUCUGCCACUGACCAGGAUAGUGAGCCUGCAGAACUGACCUACAGGAUCACCAGGCAGCCCCAGCUGGGCCGCCUAGAACAUGCAGCCUCACCCGGUAUCCAAAUUAGUUCCUUUACUCAAGCUGACCUGACCUCAAGAAACAUUCAGUAUAUCCAUUCGAGUGAGACUGAGAAACAUUCAGAUGCCUUCACCUUUGUGCUGUCUGACGGAGGUCAUGAGGUGACUCAGACUUUCCACAUAACCCUUCGCCCUGUGGAUGACUCUCUGCCCAUUGUGAAGAACCUUGGCAUGCGGGUACAGGAGGGCGUAAGGAAGACCAUCACAGAAUUUGAGCUCAAGGCAGUGGAUGCAGACACAGAGGCCGAGUCUGUCACGUUCACCAUUGUUCAGCCCCCACGCCAUGGCACCAUCGAGCGAACCGCCAAUGGGCAGCAUUUCCGCCUCACCUCUACCUUCACCAUGGAAGACAUCUACCAGAACCAGAUCAGCUACAGCCAUGAUGGCAGCAACUCCAUCAAAGACCGGUUCACCUUCACGGUUUCUGAUGGGACAAACCCGUUCUUUAUUGUUGAGGAAGGAGGGAAAGAGAUCAGGACAGCAGCACCUCAGCAGUUUCGAGUAGAUAUCCUCCCAGUAGAUGAUGGCACUCCUAGAAUCGUCACCAACCUGGGGCUCCAGUGGCUGGAGUAUAUGGAUGGCAAGGCAACCAACUUGAUCACCAAGAAGGAACUGCUGACCACAGACCCAGACACCGAGGACCUACAGCUUGUCUAUGAAAUAACAACAGGCCCCAAGCAUGGCUAUGUGGAGAGCAAGCUGCAGCCAGGAAGAGCUGUUGCUUCUUUCACUCAGGAGGAUGUGAACUUGGGGUUGAUUCGUUAUGUGUUGCAUGAGGAGAAGAUCCAUGAGAUGAUGGACAGUUUUCAGUUCCUGGUGAAAGACAGUAAACCCAAUGUGGUUAGCGACAAUGUCUUCCAUAUCCAGUGGUCCCUCAUCAGUUUCAAAUAUACCAGCUACAAUGUCAGUGAGAAGGCGGGGUCUGUCAGUGUCACAGUGCAGAGGACUGGGAACCUGAACCAGUACGCCAUUGUCCUGUGUCGCACUGAGCAAGGCACUGCCAGCUCCAGCUCCAGGGUCAACUUCCAGCCUGGACAGCAGGACUACGUGGAGUAUGCUGGCCAGGUACAGUUUGAUGAGCGGGAGGACACCAAGUCCUGCACCAUUGUCAUUAACGAUGAUGAUGUGUUUGAGAAUGUUGAGAGUUUCACUGUGGAGCUCAGCAUGCCAGCAUAUGCCCUCUUAGGGGACUUCACUCAGGCGAAGGUCAUUAUCAAUGACACUGAGGAUGAACCUACAUUAGAGUUCGAUAAGAAGACCUACCGGGUCAACGAGAGUGCUGGUUUCCUAUUUGCACCAGUUGAAAGAAAAGGAGAUUCAAGCAGCAUUGUAUCUGCAAUUUGCUACACGAUCCCUAAGUCAGCUAUGGGGAGUAGCCUGUAUGCUCUGGAAUCAGGCUCUGAUUUUAAAUCUAGAGGGAGGACUGCUGAGAGUCGUGUGAUAUUUGGACCUGGUGUCACCAUGUCCACCUGUGAUGUCAUGCUCAUUGAUGACAGUGAGUAUGAAGAGGAAGAGGAGUUUGAGAUUGUCCUGGCAGAUGCUUCUGACAAUGCCCGCAUUGGAAAGGUGGCGAUGGCCAAGGUGUUCAUUGGUGGUCCCAAUGAUGCCUCCACCGUGUCCCUGAGCAACACCGCCUUCACUGUCAGUGAGGAUGCAGGCACAGUGAAGAUUCCAGUUAUCCGCCAUGGUACUGACCUUUCUACUUUCACAUCGGUGUGGUGUGCCACGCGGCCCUCAGACCCAGCUUCUGCCACUCCAGGAGUGGACUAUGUUCCCAGCUCUAGGAAGGUGGAGUUUGGACCUGGUAUCACUGAACAGUAUUGCACCUUGACUAUCUUGGAUGACACUCAAUAUCCAGUAAUUGAAGGACUGGAGACAUUUGUGGUUUUCCUCAGCUCUGCACAAGGAGCCGAACUGACCAAACCCUUCCAGGCUGUCAUCGCAAUUAAUGACACAUUCCAAGAUGUGCCCAGCAUGCAGUUUGCCAAGGAUUUGCUCCUGGUGAGGGAGAAGGAGGGUGUCCUGCAUGUCCCUAUCAUUCGGAGUGGAGAUCUGAGCUAUGAGUCAUCGGUGAGGUGCUACACUCAGAGCCACUCGGCUCAGGUCAUGGAGGACUUCGAGGAGAGGAAAAACACAGACCAGUCACGGAUUACAUUCCUAAAAGGAGAAAAAGUGAAGAACUGUACUGUCUAUAUCCAUGAUGACUCUAUGUUUGAGCCAGAGGAACAGUUCAGAGUCUACCUUGGCCAUCCACGUGGAAACCACUGGAGUGGAGCUAGAGUUGGAAAGAACAACAUGGCCACCAUCACCAUAUCCAACGAUGAAGAUGCCCCCACCAUUGAGUUUGAAGAAGCUGCAUAUCAAGUCCGGGAACCCCCAGGGCCAGAUGCCAUUGCAAUCCUGAACAUCAAAGUGAUCCGCAGAGGGGAUCAGAACAGGACCUCCAAGAUUCGAUGCAGCACGAGGGAUGGGUCUGCCCAGUCUGGUGUGGAUUAUUACCCAAAGAGCCGAGUCUUGAAGUUUAGUCCUGGUGUGGAUCAUAUCUUUUUUAAAGUGGAGAUCCUGUCCAAUGAAGACCGGGAAUGGCAUGAAUCCUUCUCUCUAGUCCUUGGCCCAGAUGACCCAGUGGAAGCAGUUCUUGGAGAUGUGACCACUGCCACUGUGACCAUUUUAGACCAGGAGGCAGCCGGGAGCCUCAUCCUGCCAGCACCUCCCAUUGUUGUCACACUUGCUGACUAUGACCAUGUGGAAGAAGCUUCCAAGGAAGGAGUUAAGAAAUCCCCCUCUCCAGGCUAUCCACUGGUCUGUGUCACCCCCUGUGACCCUCACUUCCCCCGGUUCGCCAUCAUGAAGGAACGCUGCAGCGACGCUGGCAUCAACCAGACAUCUGUGCAGUUCAGCUGGGAAGUGGCUGCCCCCACUGAUGGCAAUGGGGCCCGAUCUCCCUUUGAAACCAUCACCGACAACACCCCAUUCACCAGUGUCAACCACAUGGUCCUGGACAGCAUUUACUUCAGCCGGAGGUUCCAUGUGCGUUGUGUGGCAAAGGCCGUGGACAAGGUGGGCCAUGUGGGGACGCCCCUCAGGAGCAACAUUGUUACCAUCGGAACAGAUAGUGCUAUCUGCCACACCCCAGUGGUGGCUGGGACAGCCAGAGGCUUCCAGGCUCAGUCCUUCAUCGCAACCUUGAAAUACCUGGAUGUCAAGCACAAGGAGCAUCCGAACAGAAUCCACAUUUCGGUGCAGAUCCCACACCAGGAUGGAAUGCUGCCACUCAUCUCCACCAUGCCGUUGCACAACCUGCAUUUUCUGUUAUCAGAGUCCAUCUACAGACACCAGCAUGUCUGCUCCAAUUUAGUCACCACCCACGACCUGAGAGGCAUCUCAGAGGCAGGGUUCCUGGAUGACAUGGUCCAUGACAGCGCUGCCCUGGGCCCUGGCUAUGACCGCCCCUUCCAAUUUGACCCCAGCGUGCGGGAGCCAAAGACCAUCCAACUCUACAAACACCUGAACCUGAAGAGCUGCGUGUGGACCUUUGAUGCCUAUUAUGACAUGACCGAGCUGAUUGACGUCUGUGGGGGUUCUGUCACUGCUGACUUCCAGGUGCGAGACUCGGCUCAGUCAUUCUUGACAGUGCACGUGCCCCUGUACGUGUCCUACAUCUACGUCACGGCCCCCCGCGGCUGGGCCUCCUUGGAGCACCACACCGAGAUGGAGUUUUCCUUCUUCUAUGACACCGUUCUCUGGAGGACAGGAAUCCAGACGGACAGCGUGCUCUCCGCAAGGCUUCAGAUAAUAAGGAUCUACAUUCGAGAGGACGGCCGUCUCGUCAUUGAAUUCAAGACCCAUGCCAAAUUCAGAGGUCAGUUUGUGAUGGAGCACCACACUCUCCCAGAUGUGAAAUCUUUCAUCCUGACUCCAGACCACCUAGGAGGCAUUGAAUUCGACCUGCAGCUAUUGUGGAGUGCUCAGACUUUUGAUUCUCCCUAUCAACUCUGGAGAGCCACAAGCUCCUAUAACAGGAAGGACUACUCAGGGGAGUACACCAUCUACCUGAUCCCAUGCACCGUGCAGCCCACACAGCCGUGGGCUGACCCAGGAGAGAAGCCCUUGGCCUGCACUGCACACGCCCCAGAAAGAUUCCUGAUACCCAUCGCGUUCCAGCAGACCAACCGCCCAGUACCUGUCGUGUAUUCACUCAAUACUGAGUUUCAGCUCUGCAAUAACGAGAAGGUGUUCCUAAUGGACCCCAACACAUCUGAUAUGUCACUGGCAGAAAUGGAUUAUAAAGGUGCCUUCUCCAAAGGUCAAAUCCUUUAUGGCCGAGUUCUUUGGAAUCCAGAACAAAACCUUAAUUCUGCUUACAAACUCCAGCUGGAGAAAGUCUAUCUUUGUACUGGCAAGGAUGGCUAUGUGCCUUUCUUUGAUCCUACGGGGACAAUCUACAAUGAGGGGCCACAGUAUGGAUGCAUUCAGCCAAACAAACACCUCAAACACAUGCAGAUCCCUGCUGACCGUAGUCAGCCGGAGGUAACCGACAAGUACUUCCAUGAUGUGCCAUUUGAGGCUCACUUUGCCUCCGAGUUGCCUGAUUUCCACGUGGUCAGUAGCAUGCCGGGUGUGGAUGGAUUUACCCUGAAAGUGGACGCACUCUAUAAGGUAGAAGCAGGACACCAGUGGUACCUCCAGGUGAUCUACAUCAUUGGCCCUGACACCAUGUCAGGGCCCCGGGUUCAGCGCUCUCUCACAGCCCCAAUGAAGCGCAACCGAAGGGACCUAGUAGAUCCCAGUGGCUGGCUGUCUCUUGACGAUUCCCUCAUCUAUGACAAUGAAGGGGAUCAAGUCAAGAAUGGAACCAAUAUGAAGUCCUUGAGUCUGGAUAUGCAAGAGCCAAUGGUAGCUGCUUCUCUGUCUCAAACUGGGGCAUCUAUUGGCAGUGCACUGGCCGCCAUCAUGCUUCUGCUUCUGGUUUUUUUGGUGGCUUGUUUUAUCACUAGGAAAUGUCAGAAGCAGAGGAAGAAACAGCCCACAGAGGACUUUUUGGAAGAAUACCCUCUGAAUACCAAGGUGGAUGUGUCCAAGAGGAACCCAGACCGGGUAGAGAAGAACGUGAACAGACAAUACUGCACCGUGCGGAAUGUCAACAUACUGAGUGAGACCGAGGGGGCUUAUAUGUUCAAAGGUGCUAAAGUAAAAAAAUUGAAUCUAGAGGUCCGAGUUCACAACAAUUUACAAGAUGGAACAGAGGUUUAAUGGUGGAGACCCAUGUAUAUUUUUUUCUAAAAUCAUUUUUAUAAAACGGGCAAAAUACUGGUAUUUUUAUAAUCUCACAGAUGAAAAAGGGAAAACUAUAGCUUUGAGUGGCAGACAGCACACAUCACAUGCAUCAACUCACAACUGAGCUACCUCGUUACACAAAGAACCACUGGGGCCCCAGAGCUGGAGAGGAGUUGUUUCUGUGCAUCCCUUUGCUAGUCUCCACAGCUUCAUAGAGCUCCUCUGUAAGGCCGGUUUUAGAAAGUAAGUACUUUAGUAUUAGGAUGGGAGUUGAUCGGUUAACUUAGCCAGCAGAGGCCGGAGGUCUGUGCCAUGGCGGAUCUUUAACAGAGUGAGGCGGUGCUGGCUUUCGGUUUCCUCUGCCACCCCCAGUUUUCUCCUACUCGGUUUUUCCCUGGGCC